GGAAGGGAUUGCAAGGAGAAUGUGUCUCAUUCCUGGAAUGGUGUGGGCGGUGUAACAGUGCAGGGCAGUCUGCACUCAGAAUUGCACGCGAGUGGACAUUACCAGGCUGACUUCCUUCUUUCCACGGGAUUGUAUGUUGACAGGCCUCAAAACCACAUUGUGAAGCCACGGGCUAUCGUGAUGUCGGAGCCCAAGGCGCCCACUCCGACACCAGGAGACACUUACAAAGGCUGGCUUUUCAAAUGGACGAAUUACAUCAAGGGUUACCAGCGACGAUGGUUCGUUCUGAGCAAUGGUUUGCUGUCAUAUUACAGGACCCAAGCGGAAAUGGGCCACACAUGCCGUGGUACCAUAAACCUAGCCACGGCCAACAUUGUUGUGGAAGACUCCUGCAACUUUGUCAUCUCCAAUGGUGGGGCACAGACCUACCACCUGAAGGCCAGCUCUGAGGUAGAGCGCCAGCGAUGGAUCACCGCACUUGAACUGGCCAAGGCCAAGGCUGUCCGGAUGCAAGCAGAGUCAGAUGACUCUGGCGAUGAGUGCUCCAUGACUCCUCCCCCCGCCGGUCAGAGCGGGUCGUCACGGAACUCUGAGGUUCAGUCCACGUUGCGUACACUCGGCAGCAAGGUGGAGGACCUCAGCACCUGCAAUGACCUCAUUGCCAAACAUGGCUCGGCUCUGCAAAGGUCCCUGUCAGAGUUGGAGGGAGUGAAGCUAGGUGGAGAGACAGGUGAUAAGAUCCGGCAGGUGACUGAGAGGGCCACUCUCUUUCGCAUCACUUCCAAUGCCAUGAUCAAUGCCUGUCGGGACUUCCUGGCUCUGGCUCAGGCCCACAGCAAGCGCUGGCAGAAGGCCCUGCAGGCUGAGAGGGAGCAGCGUGUGCGUCUGGAGGAGACGCUGGAGCAGCUUGCCAAGCAGCACAACCACCUAGAGAGGGCCUUCAGGGGCGCCACCGUGCUGCCGCCCUCACAGAGCAACCCCGACGCAGACGGCAAAGGACCUAGCUCAGGGAAGGGAGAUGCCAGUGACGAGGAUGAUGAGAACGAGUUCUUCGACGCCAUGGAGGACCCUCAGGAGUUCAUCACCGUCCCUGCCGACCCCAAAUACCACAGGAGAUCGGGCAGCAAUGUCAGCGGCAUCAGCAGUGAGCUUGGAAUGGAUGACCAGUCGAUAGAUGAACAGUCGUUGGCGUCCAAUCCGGAUUCCCCUCAGUCACAGGAGCUGGAGCCCGUGAAGAAGAGGCGGACACGCAUACCUGACAAGCCCAACUACUCUCUCAACCUGUGGAGCAUCAUGAAGAAUUGCAUCGGCAAAGAGCUCUCCAAGAUCCCCAUGCCUGUGAACUUCAACGAGCCCAUCUCCAUGCUGCAGCGGCUGUCUGAGGACCUUGAGUACUCGGAGCUGCUGGACAAGGCAGCUAAGUGCCAGAGCUCUCUGGAGCAGCUCUGUUACGUGGCAGCCUUCACCGUCUCCUCCUACUCCACCACUGUGCACCGCACGGGCAAGCCCUUCAAUCCUCUGCUGGGGGAGACCUUUGAGCUAGACCGCCGCCAUGAAAGUGGCUACCGCUCGCUUUGUGAACAGGUGAGCCACCACCCUCCAGCAGCGGCCCACCAUGCCAUCUCAGACCGAGGCUGGACCCUUAGACAAGAGAUCACACUUGCCAGCAAAUUUAGGGGCAAAUACCUCUCCAUCAUGCCUCUGGGCUCCAUUCACUGUAUUUUUGAGAAGAGUGAAAAUCAUUACACCUGGAAGAAAGUCACCACCACUGUGCAUAACAUCAUAGUUGGCAAGCUGUGGAUAGACCAGUCAGGUGAAAUAGAUAUUAUUAAUCACAAGACUGGAGACCGCUGUCACCUUAAGUUUGCUCCAUACAGCUACUUCUCCAGAGAUGUGGCCAGAAAGGUAACGGGUGUGGUAACAGAUAAGGAGGGCAAGGCACACUAUGUCCUCUCGGGCACAUGGGAUGAAAAGAUGGAGUUCUCCCGUGUCAUGCAGAGCAGCAGGGGAGGCGAGAACGGCACAGAGGGCCGCCAGAAGACCGUCUACCAAACACUGAAGGCCCGCGAGAUCUGGAGAAAGACCCCACUGCCGGAGGGGGCCGAGAACAUGUACUACUUCUCCACACUGGCACUGACGCUGAACGAGUUGGAGGACGGCGUGGCCCCAACGGACAGCCGGCGGCGGCCGGACCAGCGGAUGAUGGAGCAGGGCCGCUGGGAGGAGGCCAACGCCGAGAAGCAGCGGCUGGAGGAGAAGCAGCGCACCGUCCGCCGCGAGAGGGAGAGAGAGGCGGCCCGCACAGCCAGCCCAGCUGAGGAGGCUGUCAUUGAGGACUCCAUUAAUGACACGCCUUUGAAAACUGAUGGAGAGGAGAUUUCAUCUGAACCUAUUGAAACCUCUGAGAAAAUUGAUAUAGAGGAGACCACAUCCUCUGACAUCUCAUCAUCAACUGAGACAUUGCCUGGCCCAUCGUCAUAUCAAAUCGAUGGCAUGGAGGGGCCUUAUGGAUCUCCGGUGAAAAGUGUCCACCAAGACAACUACGAGGCUCUAUGGUUUGAUCACUUUGACGACCCGUUUACUGGGGAGCAAACGCACCUCUAUAAGGGGGGCUACUGGGAAGCCAAAGAGCAGGGCAGCUGGGAGAAUUGCCCAGACAUCUUCUAAGCACAUCGGAGAAGUUGGGAUACCCUGAUGUCCGGCACCGCCGCAGAGGACCACCUGGACCACCAGAGGACGACCUGGAAGUUUCACUGCAAAACUAUCUACAACCCUGACAGCAUCGCACCAUUUCCCUGAAGUCUCACUGGGUUACUCUGUUCCCUUUUGAGGGGGAGGGGCUGCGAAUAUAUAAACAGUGAAUUCUUCAUGCAGCAAGACUGGAGCCUCUUGCUGUGCCUUCAUUACCUUUUAUAUGAGGCAGAAGAAAAGAAAAAAUACUCAUGAGUAACAAACCUGACUACUUCAUCGUCUCACCAAGACCACCACCACAUCCUCCCCUUUGUUCGCACAUUUUCCUCUAUUCUCUCUCUCUCUCUCUCUCUCUGCAUCUCUGAUUUAGAAUGGAAGGGGUCAUGCUCCUGUAGAUGGACCUCUUAGAUACUAGAGAUUAUAACACUGUUUUUUUGCAAAUUGCAUCACUUUAAUGUACAGUAUGAGUGAGUCUGGGAGUCUGCAGCCCACCACACUUCUGACUGAAACUCAACAGCUCACUCCCUGCUCUCCUCUUUCAUUGGGUAUGGACUUUUCCCUGAGAAGAGGAAGGGGGUGCUGCAUAUGAAGGGAUUAAAGAUGUGCUGUAUGUAUGUAUGUAUGUA